AACAGGCGCUCACCCAGUAGACGGGAGUAGGGUUGCCUUUCGGGUAGGCGGCGCCAUUACCAGGGUCGUCGUCGUGCUGCGUGUGUGUUGUGUGCGUGUGUGUGCAUUACUGGAGAUCGGUGUGACUGCUGCGUUGUCAUAGCGUUGACAUAAGAAGACCGGGCAAGUCGUCGACGAACCUCGCAGCUUCGGCGCCCAGGAUUACCGCCGCCGCCAAGAUGUCGUCGUCGCCUUCGCAGCCCAACGGCGCGGCCACAAACGGCCGGGACAUGAUAGAGCAAAAGGGCCCCAACCACAUCGUUCGCAUUCGAAGUGACAGUGACAUCAACCUGGACGAUCUUUUUAAGGCUGUCAUGCAGCCCAGUGACAGGGUUCCGCUCAGUGUGCCCAUGCGGCUGCGGAACCUGCCUGCUUCGUUUUUCCAACAGCCCGAGCGCUCGAAGUCGGCCUCGCACAGCCGUGAAUCUAGUAGCGACGCCACUUUCUCGCCAUCGGCCAGCGAGGCCUCGGCGGCAGCUGCCGCGGCCGCGGCGGCCGCCGCUGCCGCUGCCCCGCCAUCGCUCCCCGUGAACCACCCGCGGGCGCACUCGUCGCCCGCCUCGCUACAGCAGAGCUACAAUGCGCCCAGCCCGCAGCAUCUGCGCCAGCAGAGCUACGACCUCGCCGACGAUCUGCCGCCCGGAUGGGAGAUGGCCAAGACGUCCACGGGGCAGCGCUACUUCCUCAACCACCUGACACAAACAACAACCUGGGAUGACCCUCGCAAGAAGUCUCCAAGCACAAAGCACCAUGCGACACCUCCACCACCACCACACACAGCUGCACCCCCACUAGGGCCAUUCAAGAACCUGGGCCCUCUUCCAGAUGGUUGGGAGCAGGCCACUACAGCUGAGGGAGAGGUGUAUUUUAUCAACCACAUUGAACGCACAACAAGCUGGUUCGACCCAAGGAUACCUGCCCAUGCUCAGAAACCUCUUCUGCAGAGCCAAGCCUCUCAGCUUCCUUGCCACCCACAGAGUCAGGGCUCCGGCAAUGCAGUGAACAGUGCAGGGCCUACCUCUCCAGACACAAUGAACUCUAUCUCGGCUGUAGUAGCUGCAACCAGUUCUCUGACCCUCCAGCAGCAGCGCCAGCAGAAGAUGCGCUUGCAACAACUGCAGUUGGAACGGGAGCGCCUCAAGCUUCGGCAGCAGGAGAUCCUACGCCAGACGGCAUUCCUUGGAAACUCCGCACGUAAUGAGAUGAUGCUGCGACGUACGCUGACAGAGGAGAUCCUCCCAAGCCCAACGUCCCCUACCGCAAGUGAUGUUGCAGGGGUGGGCCCUACGACAGACCCUUUCCUGGGUGGAGACUUCCACUCACGCCAGGAAAGUGCUGACAGUGGCCUUGGACUGGGCCCAAACUACUCGCUACCACAUACCCCAGAGGAUUUCCUCUCCAGUAUGGACGACAGCAUUGACGCUGGACUCAAUGAUGACCCCAAUCACCAGAACAGUGAACUGAGUUUAGAUGGCCUACAAGGCACGGGCAUUGACCUGGGGACUGAGAACAUGGACUCAGAUGAUCUUGUGCCCAGUUUACAGGAGGAGCUGCAGGGGGACCUUCUGUCAGACAUGGAGGCAUUGUUAACGUCCAGCAAGGACAGCGUGCUCACAUGGCUUUAGGACAGUGCCUGACAACCACUCUCCUUUGCCUCCCUUCUUUUUCUGCCAGCUUUCCACCAACUUCUUCCUCGGACUGUCUCCCUUCUGAGAAAAAGCAGACUGGUGCACUGCCAUUGAACUGGGAUUCCAGUGGGACAAGCCCAAGUCAAGUAGGCCAAGAAGCAUGAACACCCUCUCCAUGCCUUCCCGUACCUUGUGUUCCUAUUGGGGAACACUUGUAGGCUGUGCAGUUUUCACAUUUUAACCCCCAAGUUUGGGUGGCAAGCGAUCACUCCCUGUUCCAAUUAUGUGCAGGAUUCCAUGUGAGCCACUGCUGUCCACUAAAGUGCCUUACAUUAAUGAAUUUUAGAUGCACCCGUUAUUGAUGAGCAGUUUAUCUGAGGUUGAAUUUACAGAUACCUUUAAGCAUAUUGACAGGGACAAGUACCGUCCAUUCUUGAUGAUAACUUAGUCUGGAGAAAGUGCACAGUCACUGUAUCAUCAAGUGUAUUGUGUCACGUGAGCUGAACUUACUUUAGACCUGUGUGCCUUAUCAACACUGUGUGUGUAUUGUCUUUGCAGACGUGCAUGCUUGUGUGCCUUAUCGAAGUAAUGUCUACUAUACACAGCUUUUCCCAUUGUGGCAACACUAUAGUGUGUGAAAAUUUGCUUUCUGUGGCAGUAAGGCUGCCGUAUAUUACCAUAACUACUAAAUGUUUUCAUGCAUGAGAACCGUGUCUGCUCUUGCAUGGUGAUUUUUAAAGCCUUUAACUUUAAUGCCCGAGUUUACGCUUUGUCCCCUAGUGUUGUGACUUGGUGCAAAGGGAGGUUUCGGGAGGGUGUUCUGCAAUCGGCAAAAGGCAGCAAAAGUACUGCGCUCCAAUGCCCCUUCUCGAGAUAGAGGCAAGGCUUGCUCAAAGUGUUUGUCUACAUGGAGUGUGCCUUGUGCAGCCUUGACUCAGCUUGAAAAGCUGAGCGCAAGGCUUGCAGUCCACUUAUUGUGUGGCACUGUUAUUCUUGCACAUACCUUACGUGAUGGGGCAGCGUUGCUAGGAGCCACGAGUGACCUGCAUCAUCUUUUGAGGGUUUUAACAAACUAUUGUCUGUUGCUGUAUCAGGAAGUAUACCAUUGAUGUCGAGCAAUAACAAGGCCUUGUGCUGCACCCACUGGCUGCGUCUUGUCCCAUGGGGCGCACAUAUUGCACCUAUUUGUUCCUAUGUUGUUUAUCCUUGUUUUCUCCCUGCUCCUUUCUCUGUUCUCUUUUUUUGAAAGAGGAACUUGUAUAUUUGAGUUAGCUGCAUGACUGAGGUUGUCAGCGUCCAUUCCAUCCAUAAAUAGAGCUCCUCUCCCUUUGUGAAGCUGUCUGUGACUGAGGAGGGGCAAGGCUUGUUGCCAGAACCUAUGGUUAACACAGCAGCUUCUUGGUGCAUUGCACUGACUUCAAAGCUCACAUAAUGGCGGCAGCUUUUCAGUCUGCUUCUGACGUCGAGCACAGACGUUGUUUGAGGUUAACCGGCAUAGUGCCCAUCAUAUUUUUUUCUUUUUUCUUGAUCUUUUGAUUAUUCAGCUUAGUACGCAUAUUAUCUUUUUUUCUUUUUCUUGUUCUUCGAGCUGAGGUGCGACGUACGUAUGAAGUCAUGCCUUAUUAGUAGCUUCGUUUUUCUAUGCUUUUUAUCAGUCUUUAGCAGAGGAUAUGGUUUAUUUGGUACAUGUUUUUAGUAGCACUUAUAAGCGCUUAUUAUACCAGAAAAGUAAUACUUUACUUGCUUUGAAUUCAGCUUAUUUUCAUUUUGUCAAUUGUAACCCUUGAAGCUGGUGGAAAAAUUGCUAACCAUGGUUCUGCCAACAGUCUUGUUACCAGUCCAGCGAAUGUGCUUUUGUGUGCUGGGAGAAAAUGUUAUUUUUCAUGUGUGUAUGAGAAUCGUCUUUUCUUUUGUUACAUUGAGUUCAUCCACCAUGCGGCAACACAUGCAAGAGCAUCAGAAGCCUCAUGGCUGAAGUCUUGGAGCCUUGCAUACGUUACCACCUCUAUUGUUUCUUUUACACUUCGCUUACUGAUAUGGAAACUGAGAUGAGGGUUGUAAGCGACAGAAAAAAAAAAAAGAGGAGCCAUCACAAACUCCUGAAGACCUGAAAACCAUUUUUUUUUUUUUGUGAAUGUCAUGUAAAGGAUGCUUUUGAGUGCCAAACGUGUUUGAAGCACGUGCAAUGUAACGCAUCGUCAUGAGACGCAUUGUUUCGUUGUUUACUUCUUGUACACAUCUCUUUCGUCCCUUUUUUCACCCUUGUACAGAUGUUGUAGCUGCAUUUACACAGCCACGAUGGACCUUUGCUAAGUACGAGAAAUGAAGACAACCUAAGUGCCUUAAUCACUUGUGGCACUUCCGUGAUGGAAGCCACAAAACAGAAGAAAGAUUAAAAAAAGGGGCAUAAAAGAUGAAAUAGGCAAUUUCAGGCACAAAUGUCCAUGUCCUGUUCAAGCUCCACAAGCAUUAUCCAAGUAUAUUUUUACUUCUUACGUGCCUUCUAGCUAUGCAUAAACUCCUAAAAACUAGAAGUGCUGAAAUUAACGUGCUUAUCUGCUCUUGUUGUUCACUUUUUACUGAUUCUGUGACAUGUUAGGGUGAUCCCAAAUGCAAAGCAAUAGGUGAGAUGACAAUGCAAAGCUGCAACCAUGAAGCUUGCCUUUUUUUGUGUGUGUUUACAGUGCAACUUAAUGCCUGAAAGGAUACUAGUGCUGCAUAUGAGGUGCUGUUUUUGCUCCAACAAUCAUGCCUUGCAUGAUUUGCUUUUUGGCGAGCAAACAGACUAAAGCAAUGUGUUGAUCUUAACUUUUUUUUUUCCUUUUUUUCCUUUUUGUCUUUUUUUGUCUUUUUUUUUUGUCAGCGAAUUGUUAACUUCUGCGAAAUGACGAGGAAUGAAAGGGUCCUCCAUCAGUAUUAGCGCUUUUGUGGUUUUGGUGAUUCACUGACACUUGUCACAUUUCGGAUUGACGUGUCAUCUCAUUUAUGGUUGUGACUGAAGAAGUACAAAAAAAGAAAGGACUGCUGCUAUGUUCUAAGGAGCAACCUAAGGAAAAAGAGAAAAAAAUAAUAAUAAAGCUAGAAAAAUGUGAGUCACCAAAGAACAAGUAUUAUGCAAAAGUCUGCAUUUUGACUGCAGCAAGAAGUUGGAGUGGCAUUUCCUUCCUCGCAUAGCACAGUGGCGUAGCUUUUGUUGUUACAUUUUUUUUCCUUGUCCCCUUUUAUCUUAGACUGCCCAUUCUUGUCGCAAGGCAUGCAGUGCAGCUUCAAGGCCUUUUGCUGGCAAACACCAUGCCGACAAGAAUGUUUGGUGCAGUCUCAAGUUUGUGCAGCUAUUUUUUUUUUUUUUCCCUACUGCUUUUUACUGACUUUAUUGUGACUGGAAGAGAAAUGGAAUUGUUGAUUGUUUUUAGAUGUCACUCGAGGCGUGCCUUAUCCGACAAGUGCAAUUGAUCUUCUGAACUUGGCAGCAUUGUGAAGCCACAGUACAGAGCAGCUACCUCUGAAUCUGGAAGCAGACAUGAAUUGCAAAGUGUUUUGUCAAUGCUGGCUUGAAGUUUCACUGUACGACAGCUUUUGUUAACCGCAUUGCAGGAGACUUGUUGUGAUAUGCCCAUCCCUCCCUUUUUUAUGUAUAUUAUGUGUAUUUUAAAUCUCACUGGUUUUUGGGAAAGGAAAAAGAAAAGGUGAUCAGAAAUGUGCUCGCAGUCAAAAUUUUAACAUGUAUCUUUUUAAGUGAAUGAUGUAUAUAAAAAAGGCUUACUUAAUUGCUCCAAUAUUUGUCAUUGUUUGUAUUUUUUUUUCCUUAUGUUGGCUGUGAACCAUGUAAAUAAAUAAUUAAUGUUCAAAGAA